UGGACUUUAGCAAAAAUGCCAUUUAUUUCAUUUAGGGUUACAACUUUGGUCUUAUUCUUGCAAAAGGAUUUCUGAAAAAUGGAAAGAAUAACGUGAGCUCCGGUUAAUCGCAGUAUAUUUCUUCAACAAGAUCCGGUCUUCUUCUUCUUCAUAGUGAGGUAGUCUUCUUCUUCUGUUUGUCAAGUAUUUUUCUUCAUCUCCAUUGGUCUUAUUCUCCAACAAUAAUCUUUGACCGCAAUUUUUUGCAUAUAAAGUUUUUUCCCGGAUUGGAGACUCUUUUUCCUUCCAAUGCUCAUCAAAAUUAGCUCGUGGUCGUUGAAGCUUGUGGCUAGCUCGUGCUCUUCCCAGUAUCGCUGCUCCAAUGAAGGUUUGGGGCUUAUUAUAAGUAGAAUUUAAAGUUCAUUCUCUUGUCAAUUAAAUAUGUUGGCCUGGCUACAUGUUUCCAGCAGGUUCUUGGUGAUUAUUUGUUCAGAUUUGAAUAGUCAUGAGUCAACAACAGCCUUCGAAAAGAAACAAAAGAGCAAAAAAGAACUUCUCUAAACCUGGAUCAUUAUCAUUCUUGGCAAAUAAAAAACAACUAUUAUUGACAACAAAUGAAAUAUUUCAAGCUAUAGAGUGAGGAAAGGACAUUUUCUAAACUUAAUUGAAGAAAAACAUCAAGGCGUAGCACCACAAUCUCAAGCAAAUGAACAAUUUGAAGCAACUAGGCAAUCCUUAGAGGAACAACCUCCAGAGGAGCAGCCCCUAGAAGAGCAAGUGGAAAUUAAUUCUAUCAUUCCUCCAACAAAUGAACAAUCUGAACAAAUACUUAGAAGAAAAAAAAGCUGAUGAACCCACACACCGCUGGCAAAAAGAAUUUUGCUUUAGUCCGUAACAAAUUGGAAAAAGAAAAGGAAACUGUAUCAGCUAAAGAGAUCUUUGUGGUCACAAGAACAAGGAAACCUGGGCAUUUGUACAAGACCUCGAAUGAAAAAACAACUAGUAAAAUUGCUGAAAUGGAAACGAUUGAAACACAAAUGGACACAAUUGAUCAGUCUGUUGAUGCAUUUUCAGCCAUUAUGGGCCAUGAACAUCCAGGACGUCUAAUAUUGUAUGGAGUGGGGGUUACAAAGACUGCAUUGAAAAGAAAACCUGGAAAUUCUGUCCAUUCUUUAAAGGCCACAGAUGAUGUAGUGCAACAAAUGCAAGAAAGAAUGCAAAAAACGGAGAAACAGAUGGAGGAACAAAAGAAAACUAUGCGACAACAAGCUAUCACAAAUGUGAUUGCACAACUUCAAAAUGCAGGAUUAAUUGAUCGGAACAUACUAGCUGCAUUAUUUGUUCCUCCUCCAAGAGAAACUAGUACUUCCUCACAAGAGGCUUAUCAAGGUGAUGAAAUUGAAGGAUAUGAAAGUAGUACUGAAGACUUGACUUAGGAGUUAACUGGAUUGAUGUUAAUUAACUUUAAUCAUCUGUGUUCUACAAAUAUUUUGAUUUAGAUGAAUAUUGAAAACUGUGGUGUGUUUCAUCCUUUUUGAACAUUCAAAAUAUAUUUGUAUAUUUUGUUAUUAUUGAUAUUACUAACCACUUUGAUCUCUGAUUGAA